CAUAUAAACAUAUACACACAUUCUUGAAACCUUUGAUUAUUUUAGAUAUUGUGUUCUUUUUUUUUUGGGUGUCAUAUAGCCGAGUUGCUAUUUGGUAGUAUAUUGAAAGGUGUCAAAAAUUGAGUCUUUAUAUAUUUUUCUUGAUAAAGUUUGAAUCUUUCUCAUCUGGGGUUCUUCUUUUUUCAAUUUUGAGGUUGGUGACUGCUAAAUAAAGCACUAUUUUUGUUCCUACUGAUAAUACCAUGUCAAAAAUUGAGUCUUUAUAUCUUUUCUUUGUAAAGUUUGAAUCUUUCUCAUUUGGGGUUGUUCUUUUUUUCAACUUUGAGGUUAGUAACUGUUAAAUAAAGAACUUUUUUUAUCUACUGAUAAUACCAAGUCUAAAAAAGACUCAUUUUUUGUCAAUAUUUGAGACUUGAGGAGUUAUUGAAAGAGAAAGAGAGAGGAAAAUGGUUUAAGGGUGUUUGUUGUUAAUUCUAUAGGAUAAUUAAAGACUCAGUCUGGUUGUAACAUUUUGAUGGGACCCCAUGAAAACUUUUUGUUAAAAUUGUAUUGUUUUGUUUUUGUUACUAUUUGUUGUUUUUUGUACUUGUUUGCUUUUUUUUUUUUUAGAUAGAGACUUUUUUUUCUUGAGCCGAGUUUCUAUCAGAAACAUGGUGGUACACUGGAUUUGUUGUUGUUGUAAUUUGUGAUGUUUGUAUACAUGUAUCUUUUGUGCUGCUAUAUGUUGUUGAGAAUCUUGGAUUUUUUUUAUUAGUAUUUGCUUUGAAUGUCUCUUACAGGCCUUUUGGUAGGUAGAUUAUUUAGUAUUAUAUGUAUUAUAAGAUUUUGGUGGAAUUGUUUAUAUAGUUUUUGGACAAGGAGUGGAGGUCCAUAUCUCUCCACUUAUGCAUGUCAAAAUAUAGUUGAGAUGUAUUAUCAAUUGAUUUGUAUUGGAAGAACUAUUUGAAUGUCUAUUUGAACUGCUAUACUCCUUUGGUUUUUGAAAAACUUCUGUCCUUUCUUGGAUAUGGUGUAGGAAACUCUUGAUCCUUUGUUCUUGCUGGGUUCCUCAUCAAGGCUAAUAGGUACUUUUCCCUGUGUGAUUAUGGUCGUACUUAAUACUUUUCUUUUUGUGUUUUGGAUGUAUGUUGCUUGGGCUCUUCAAAAAUACAGACGAAUGGGUGUCUUAGCCUCCAAAAGUAGUGCAUUUUUUGGAGGAUCCGACACGUGUGUGGCACCAUUUUUUGCGAGUCUGAGCAAUGUAAAUGGAUAAAAGGUGCAAUCUUUAACAAAUUGAAAAGAAUUGAGGAAGUGGAAGAGGUUCUGGUGAAAUCUUGUUGCUCAAUUUUUAGCUAAAUGGCUGGAAGAUCCUUCAAACCUUCAGAUUUGCAACAAGGUAAGCCUCCGGGCGUGACCUUUGCAAGGAGGACUUCCUCUGGUCGCUAUGUGAACUUGUCUAGGGACUCCCUGGAUAGUGAGAUCAGUGGUAUAGAGUUUGCGAACUACACGGUGCAUAUGCCUCCGACACCUGAUUAUCAACCUUUUGAUCCUUCCAUUUCACAGAGGGUUGAAGAGCAGUAUGUGUCAAAUUCCUUGUUUAGUGGUGGAUAUAACAGUGCUACUCGUGCACAUUUGAUGGAUAAGGUGAUUGAUUCGGAAGCCAAUCAUCCUCAGAUGGCUGGUACUAAAGGGUCUUCUUGUGCUAUACAAGGUUGUGAUGGAAAGGUCAUGAGUGAUGGGAGGGGUGAUGAUAUCCUUCCUUGCGAAUGUGAUUUCAAAAUUUGUCGGGAUUGUUAUAUUGAUGCUGUCAAAAUUGGAGAUGGGAUUUGUCCGGGUUGUAAAGAGCCUUACAAGAACACUGAUUUAGCUGAGAAUGAUGUGGAUCCCUCUAGACAACCUUUGUCAUUACCUUCAAACGUUGGGAUGUCUAAAAAUGAAAGGAGGUUGUCCGUGAUGCGAUCAGCUAAUAAGUCGGCCUUAAUAAGGAGCGAGUCAGGGUUGAUGAGGAGUCAAACAGGAGAUUUUGAUCAUAAUAGAUGGUUAUUUGAGACUAAAGGAACAUAUGGAUAUGGGAAUGCUAUUUGGCCAAAGGAUGAAGUAUUUGGAAACGACGAAGAUGAUAACAUCGGUGAACAUUCUGAACUUCUCAACAAACCUUGGAGGCCACUUACUCGUAAGCUGAAGAUACCUGCUGCAGUACUCAGCCCAUACCGGCUUUUGAUCUUAAUUCGUGUCGUUGUACUCGGAUUAUUUCUUCAAUGGAGGAUCAACCAUCCCAACAAUGAUGCUAUAUGGCUGUGGUAUAUGUCGAUAAUCUGUGAGAUUUGGUUUGCAAUUUCAUGGCUGCUUGAUCAGCUUCCUAAGUUAUGUCCAGUCAAUCGUGCUACUGAUCUUACUGUCUUAAAAGAAAAGUUUGAAACUCCGACCCCCACCAAUCCCACCGGAAAAUCUGAUCUUCCAGGAAUGGAUAUAUUUGUUUCUACAGCAGAUCCAGAGAAAGAGCCGCCACUCGUUACAGCAAACACAAUACUAUCUAUUCUUGCUGCUGAUUACCCUGUCGAAAAACUUUCUUGCUAUGUAUCUGAUGAUGGAGGUGCUCUUUUGACGUUUGAAGCAAUGGCAGAAGCUGCAAGUUUUGCCAACAUUUGGGUCCCGUUUUGUCGUAAACAUAAUAUUGAACCAAGGAACCCGGAGAGUUACUUCAGCUUGAAGAAAGAUCCUUACAAGAACAAAGUACGUCAAGAUUUCGUCAAGGAUCGUAGACGUGUGAAGCGUGAAUAUGAUGAAUUUAAAGUUCGAACCAAUGGCCUUCCUGAUUCUAUUCGUCGGCGUUCUGAUGCCUACAAUGCUCGAGAGGAAAUCAAGGCUUUGAAGCUUCAGAGAGAGAGAGCUGGAGAUGAACCUUUGGAACCUAUCAAGAUAACUAAGGCCACUUGGAUGGCAGAUGGAACACACUGGCCUGGAACUUGGAUGGUAGCUUCUCCUGAGCACUCUCGGGGUGAUCAUGCAGGAAUCAUACAGGUGAUGCUAAAACCUCCAAGUGACGAAGCCUUGCAUGGUGCGACAGCUGAUGGCAGUAUGAUUGAUUUUACGGAAGUUGAUAUUCGGCUCCCCAUGCUGGUGUAUGUUUCUCGUGAGAAGCGUCCUGGCUAUGAUCACAACAAGAAGGCUGGAGCUAUGAAUGCAUUGGUCCGAGCGUCAGCUGUCAUGUCCAAUGGCCCUUUUAUUCUAAACCUUGACUGUGAUCACUACAUCUACAACUCAGAGGCAAUAAGGGAGGGCAUGUGUUUUAUGAUGGACCGGGGUGGAGAUCGUCUUUGUUAUGUCCAGUUCCCUCAGAGGUUUGAGGGGAUUGAUCCCUCUGAUCGCUAUGCAAAUCACAAUACUGUUUUCUUUGAUGUGAAUAUGCGUGCACUGGACGGACUUCAAGGUCCUGUUUAUGUGGGCACCGGUUGUCUCUUCCGACGGACUGCUCUAUAUGGUUUUGACCCCCCACGAGCAAAGGACCGCCACCCUGGUUGCUGCAGUUGUUGCUUUGGGAGGGGUAAGAGUAAGGCCAUUGUUGCUGACGAGAGGGGACUUAGAAUGGGAGACAUUGAUGAUGAGGAUAUGGAUCUUGCUUUGUUUCCCAAAAGAUUUGGAAAUUCUAGUGUCCUCAUUGAUUCAAUCCCAGUGGCUGAAUUCCAAGGUAGACCGCUCGCUGAUCACCCUGCUGUAAAGAAUGGACGACCUCCCGGUGCACUAACUAUUCCAAGAGAACUUCUUGAUGCUUCCACUGUUGCUGAAGCAGUGAGCGUCAUAUCGUGUUGGUAUGAAGACAAAACUGAAUGGGGCAAUCGAGUUGGAUGGAUUUACGGAUCUGUUACUGAAGAUGUGGUAACAGGAUACAGGAUGCAUAAUAGGGGUUGGAAAUCGAUAUACUGUGUGACAAAAAGAGAUGCAUUCCGUGGAACUGCACCAAUCAAUCUUACUGAUAGGCUUCACCAAGUCCUACGAUGGGCUACUGGCUCCGUUGAGAUCUUCUUCUCGCGCAAUAACGCCUUUCUUGCUAGUCCGAAGAUGAAAAUCUUACAACGGAUUGCUUACCUCAACGUUGGCAUCUACCCAUUCACUUCAAUAUUCCUGAUUGUCUACUGCUUCCUCCCAGCACUCUCACUUUUCUCCGGUCAAUUCAUCGUUCAGAGCCUUAAUGUCACAUUUCUCGUGUACCUCCUUGUCAUCUCAUUAACUCUCUGCAUGCUUGCUGUGCUCGAGAUCAAAUGGUCUGGCAUUACUUUAGAAGAAUGGUGGCGCAAUGAACAGUUUUGGUUAAUCGGAGGCACGAGUGCACAUCUUGCUGCUGUGCUUCAAGGUCUACUAAAAGUAGUUGCUGGCAUUGAGAUUUCAUUCACUCUGACAUCAAAAUCAUCCGGUGAUGAAAACGACGAUGAGUUUGCUGAUCUCUACGUCAUCAAAUGGACAUCAUUGAUGAUUCCACCUAUUACAAUCAUGAUGGUUAACUUAGUCGCGAUAGCCGUUGGCUUCAGCAGGACUAUAUACAGCACAAUACCUCAAUGGAGCCGUUUGUUAGGAGGCGUUUUCUUCAGCUUUUGGGUGUUGGCUCAUCUCUAUCCUUUCGCGAAAGGACUGAUGGGACGACGAGGAAGAACACCAACCAUCGUGUUCGUGUGGUCCGGGCUCAUUGCCAUUACCAUUUCCCUACUUUGGGUUGCAAUCAACCCCCCUGCAGGUAACACUGAAAUUGGAGGUUCAUUUCAGUUCCCUUGAGAACUUUUCUAUACUGGCAUAGUAACAUCUCUCUCCAAGCCGUACAUACGGCUUUUCAUCCAAUACGGUUUUCUGCAGAAUUUUAUAUGUAUCUAUGAGAUCGAGUAUGGAAUUCUGUUUACUUAAUUAGACUAUUCCACAAUCAAUUCAAAAUCAUUCUUUUAGUUAUCUUUUCUUGAUUAUUAUGUGGAGUUUUUUUUUUUAUUGUUUUGACUCAAUGUUCAUAGGGAAGAAUAACACAUAUUAUGAUACAUUCUUUGUAAUCAGAACCUCAAAAUACAGUAGUGAAAUUGAUUCUUUUUAAUUAUCCUUUGUAUAAUU